AUGCGUGGUGCGGACAAAAUUCUCCUCUCACUGGCGGCCCUGGCCUCAGCAGCACCCGCCCAUGACCCUAAGCCCUUCUCCCUGUUCGAAUACAAAACAAUAUGGCAGGCACCGCCCGGUGUCCGGGCCUUCUACCCACGUCUAACAGAGCUCAAGGAUGGCACCCUCCUAGUCACAACAGGCACGUCCGGCAAUCGCUCUCUGGCCGGCCUCUCGUCGUUCCCCGUGUUCGAGAGCAAGGACGGCGGCGUGUCAUGGAAGCAGGUGUCCAACAUUACCGACCAGGUCAACGGGUGGGGAAUGACCGCGCAGCCCGCCAUCACCGAGAUGACGCAGGAUGUGGGCCCGUACAAGAAGGGCACCAUCCUGGCGAGUGGAAACAGCUGGAGCUUUAACGAGACCGCUGAGGGUGUGGGAACUAAGAUCGAUCUGUACGCCAGCAGAGACAGGGCAAGGACGUGGGAGUUCGUGAGUAACGUGGCGGUGGGGGGAAGGCCGAAUACGACGAAUGGGGCGGAUCCCAUCUGGGAGCCUUACCUUAUGAUCUACGACAACCAGCUAGUCUGCUACUACUCCGACCAGCGCGACCCGGACCACGGCCAGAAGCUAGCCCACCAAACCUCAAAAGACCUAAAAACCUGGGGCCCCGUCGUCGACGACGCCGCGUACGAUCUGUACAUCGCCCGACCGGGCAUGACCGUCAUCGCGCACAUCGAGACCAUCAACAAAUGGAUCCUGGUCUACGAGCUGCCCAUCGGCAACUCCUCGUCCUACGGGUCCAACUACCCCGUGCACUACCGCAUCGCCGACAGCCCGCUCGAGUUCCAGAGCGCCGAGCCCCUGCCUAUCGUGAUCAACAAAGAGUUCGCGCCCAACGCGUCCCCCUACGUGGUCUGGUCCCCGGUAGGCAGCAAGAAGUGCGGCACGAUUGUGGUUUCGGAUGCGGAUAACUCGCAGGUCUACACCAACCAGGCGUGUGGAGAUGUGGACAAGUGGGAGAUGCACGCCACGCCGCAGCCGGCGGCGUAUAGCAGGGCGUUGCAUAUCUUUAAGAAGCAUCCGGAUCACCUGAUGAUUCUGGGCGGGAGCACCUUUGACUUUGAUGAGGGGGAUGAUCCGAACUUGAGUGCCAGUGUGGUGAGCUUGACGGAGGUUGUGAAGGGCAAGUAUGAUAAGAAGGGAUGCGACAGUCGCCGGUGA